AUGUAAAGGUUAAGAUGUCUUUUAGUAAGAGUUAAUGGAUGCAAGGGGACAAAAAAUGGACCUGGAGGAGGGAUGCUCCUAACCUAUACGUGCUGUUCUGUCCCAGGAUGUUUAGUUCUGAUAGACCCUUCGGAGAAGGGGACCUGCGGAAAUUACUGAAGCUUUAUCGCACAGAGAUUUCCAUGGCAGUGGAUGAUGUCUUCCCACUACUUCAUGGACUUGCAGAUCAUGAAGUUGUCACUGAAGAGAUGUUCAAGGACACUCUCCAUCGGAUGGAGAAGGACGGCUGCCACAAGGCUUUUCAUGCAAUGUUGACAUGGCUGCUGAGUCAGGAUUCACCUUCCAUCCAAGACUUCUGGAGGGUCCUCUUCAAGGAUUAUAACCUGGAGAGGUAUUCUAAGCUCCAGUCCAUUCGAAGCAGCUUUCCUAAAGAGAUGGAUCUUGGCAGGCACCGCAGGGCGAGGAAACUCCCAAGCUGCCCUAAGAUCCUGGCUCAGCACAAGCCUCAAGGAAAGAGGAAGGCGGCAGAGGAAAAAGAUUCUUCGCACUUACUUCAACCUUCAGCAAAAGGCGACUCGCACCUUGGGUCCCUUCCAAAGGCAAAAGCUGUGAAGAAAUCAGAGAAUGUUGACAUUCAGCAUUACCCACUUCCAAAUGGCGAUGCGAAGAAAUGUAUCAAAGUUGGUGGUGAAUUUUAUGCAUCAAGCAAAUUGGAAGAGCUCGGAGAGAGGAAUAAAGCUCGUGAAGUGAAACCCAGUGUGAAAACAAAAGAAUCUCAGAUCCCUGAAUAUAACAGAGACCAAAAAGCAAACUUGCAGGAGAGGUGCUGCCCCAUCCCCUCUCACGUUGCGGAUCCAGCUCCCCAUCAGAAGAACGAUGAUGAAUGUGCCAUCUGCAGGGAUGGUGGGGAGCUGAUCUGCUGUGACGGAUGCCCCAAGGCCUUUCAUCUUGCCUGCCUUGUACCCCCGCUGACAGAGAUUCCCAGUGGGACAUGGAGGUGUGAUUCCUGCUCACCCGGGAAGGUGAAACAAGACAGGCGUAAGGAAGAAGAAAACAGCAGAGAGCCACAUUCUCAGGCUCAGGGUGCUGUAUAUGUCCAGAGGACAACAGAAGAUGGCAGGAGAGUUCUUAUCAAAGAACCUGUGUGUGCCUCCUUCAGACAGGCUCUGCCUUCCCUGCCCCCAGUGCCCGUGGCAGUACCACCAACAGUACAGAGUGUGGGAACAGAGAAACAGCUGAAACUGACCAUUGGCGACAAGUGCGGUGUGUGCAGGAAAGGAGGAGACAUGAUCUACUGCAAUAAAUGCUUCAGGGCUUUCCACUGGCCCUGCCAUUUUCCUGCCCAUGCAGAUCAAAUCAGUGGAAUCUUGAUCUGCAAGACCUGCUCUGGCAGCCCUGCAACCAUCAGCUUGGAAGGAGCCGCAAACCCAAAUACUCCAACACUACGAGCAGUGAAGGUGGUGGAAGAAUCUGCUGGGACUGAACCUGUUCUGAACAAAGAUGAGCUGGAUUCCCUCCUAGGGGAGAAUACCUUUGAUGGGAUCUUGCACUGGGCAUUCCAGAGCAUGUCUCGUCCACUGUCAGAAACCCAAGGAUUUUUCUCAUAGGACUCUGGAUUUCACAAUGUUUUGCUGCAACAUCAGACAGGCUCUAAUUUCUUUGCAUCUGGAACCCUGGCACUCAAAAUUACUAGCCUUAAUGUAGUUGCUGCAUUACUGUUAUGAUAAUUCUGCUUAAAUUUAUGCUUCUGUUCUUACUUCUAGUUGAGAGAAUUAAUUUAUUUUUCAGUCUACACCUGAGUAGUUUACCAGGCCAAUCUCCCUCAAAUAAUUACACAAUGGGAGUAUUAAUUGAUUGGAAAGCAAUCAAGAAUUUCCACAGAAUUGUCUGAUGGGGACUUGAAUGUUUCUUUUAGCCAUAUUGCUCUUUUGUGUACACCCUAGAAAUGAGUCUACCCAAAUAUCGGUAGUCAGGACUGUAUGAUAUUCUGAGAAGUUAUUGAGAUCUAGGAUUACUAUAUAGGGAAAUUGCACCGUACUGAUCCUUUUAGUCUUCUUGUGACAUUUGAUAUAUUGAUAAUAAAGUGUCGCUGAUAUCAUGGGA